AUGUUCCCGGGCCCAAUUGAGGGGCCCACUGCCGAGGGUGAGUCCCCGGGGCCAGACAAGGAGGCCUGCAAGAAGAAGCGCCGGAGGAACCGCACGGCCUUCACCACGUACCAGCUGCACCAGCUGGAGCGGGCGUUCGAGGCCUCCCACUACCCGGACGUGUACAGCCGAGAGGAGCUGGCCGCCAAGGUGCACCUGCCGGAAGUGCGCGUGCAGGUCUGGUUCCAGAACCGCCGGGCCAAGUGGCGGCGCCAGGAGCGUCUGGAGUCCGGCUCCGUGGCUGUGGCAACCCCGAGGCUCCCCGAAGCCCCCGCCGUGCCCUUCGUCCACCCUCCGGCCGUGCCACUGACUCUGGAGCCCUGGCUGGGCCCGGCCCCGCCAGCAGUGGCCGGCCUCCCUCGCCUCCUGGGCCCGGGCCUCACCAUGCCGCCCCACUGGGCGUCUCCAACCUUUGCUCCGACCUUCACUGACGGCUUCCCUCUGGAGGAAGCAUCCCUGCGGCUGCUGGCCAAGGAGCAUGCGCAGACCCUGGACAGGCCCUGGGCUCUGGCUUGA